AUGGCAAAUGGCAGCGGCGGCGGCGGCGGCUCCUACCCGGGCGGCAGCGGCGGCGGCGGCGGCGGCGGCAUUAGAAUGAGUAACAAUAUCAACGCCAACAAUCUCAACACAGACUCGUCCUCCUCCCCCGUCAAUGUGCCCAAGAUGGAUGCGCUCAUCAUCCCGGUGACCAUGGAGGUGCCCUGCGAUAGCCGCGGACAGCGCAUGUGGUGGGCUUUCCUCGCCUCAUCCAUGGUCACUUUCUUUGGGGGACUGUUUAUCAUCCUGCUGUGGAGGACCCUCAAGUACCUGUGGACUGUCUGCUGCCACUGCGGGGUCAAAAACAAGGAGGCACAGAAGAUCAAUGGUGGUGGAGAUACACAGGCAGAUGGGGCCUGCAAACCAACAGAUGAAAAAGAGGAGAAUGUGGCAGCAGAAGUGGGAUGGAUGACCUCCGUGAAGGAUUGGGCAGGAGUCAUGAUAUCUGCCCAGACAUUAACUGGCAGAGUACUUGUUGUCUUAGUCUUCGCUCUUAGUAUUGGUGCUCUUGUAAUAUACUUCAUAGAUUCAUCAAACCCAAUAGAAUCCUGCCAGAAUUUCUACAAAGAUUUCACAUUACAGAUCGACAUGGCUUUCAAUGUGUUCUUCCUACUCUACUUCGGCUUGCGUUUCAUAGCAGCCAAUGACAAGCUAUGGUUUUGGCUAGAAGUUAACUCAGUAGUAGAUUUCUUCACGGUCCCUCCAGUGUUUGUGUCAGUAUAUUUAAACAGAAGUUGGCUUGGUUUAAGAUUUUUAAGAGCCCUCAGACUGAUACAGUUUUCAGAAAUUUUGCAGUUUCUGAAUAUCCUUAAAACAAGUAAUUCCAUCAAGCUAGUGAAUCUGUGCUCUAUCUUUAUCAGCACGUGGCUGACAGCAGCUGGGUUCAUACAUUUGGUGGAGAACUCAGGGGAUCCAUGGGAAAAUUUCCAAAACAACCAACCGCUAACCUAUUGGGAAUGUGUUUAUUUAUUGAUGGUUACAAUGUCCACCGUUGGCUAUGGAGAUGUUUAUGCAAAAACAACCCUUGGUCGCCUUUUCAUGGUCUUCUUCAUCCUUGGGGGACUGGCAAUGUUUGCUCGCUACGUGCCAGAAAUUGCUGCUCUCAUCCUUAAUCGGAAGAAAUACGGCGGGACUUUUAACUCAACCCGAGGCAGAAAGCACAUAGUUGUCUGUGGUCAUAUAACACUUGAAAGUGUGUCGAACUUCCUGAAGGACUUCCUGCACAAGGAUAGGGAUGAUGUCAACGUAGAAAUCGUCUUUCUGCAUAAUAUCUCCCCUAACCUUGAGCUGGAAGCUCUUUUUAAACGACACUUCACUCAGGUGGAAUUUUAUCAGGGUUCAGUCCUUAAUCCCCAUGACCUGGCCAGAGUGAAGAUAGAGUCAGCAGAUGCGUGCCUAAUCCUUGCCAAUAAAUACUGCGCUGACCCAGAUGCUGAAGAUGCCUCCAAUAUUAUGAGAGUUAUUUCAAUAAAGAAUUAUCAUCCGAAGAUAAGAAUUAUCACUCAGAUGUUGCAGUAUCACAACAAGGCCCAUCUGCUAAAUAUCCCAAGCUGGAACUGGAAAGAAGGGGAUGAUGCAAUCUGCCUUGCUGAGCUCAAGCUGGGUUUCAUAGCCCAGAGCUGCCUGGCACCAGGCCUUUCAACGAUGUUAGCCAACCUCUUCUCUAUGAGGUCAUUCAUAAAGAUUGAGGAGGAUACGUGGCAGAAAUACUACCUGGAAGGAGUUGCAAAUGAAAUGUAUACAGAAUACCUGUCUAGUGCCUUUGUGGGUUUGUCCUUCCCUGCAGUUUGUGAACUGGUGUUUGCGAAACUAAAGCUCUUAAUGAUAGCCAUAGAAUACAAGUCGGAAAAACGAGAAAGCAGUAUAUUAAUCAAUCCUGGAAACCAUGUCAAGAUUCAAGAAGGUACUUUAGGAUUCUUCAUUGCAAGUGAUGCCAAAGAAGUUAAAAGGGCAUUUUUUUACUGCAAGGCCUGUCAUGAUGACAUCACGGAUCCCAAAAGGAUAAAAAAAUGUGGCUGCAAACGGCUUGAAGAUGAGCAGCCGUCGACACUGUCACCCAAAAAAAAGCAGCGAAACGGAGGCAUGCGAAAUUCACCCAACUCCUCACCCAAACUGAUGAGGCAUGACCCCUUGUUAAUUCCUGGCAACGAGCAGAUUGACAAUAUGGAUGCCAAUGUGAAAAAAUAUGACUCUACAGGGAUGUUUCAUUGGUGUCCAGCCAAGGACAUUGAAAAGGUCAUUUUGACUCGAAGUGAAGCAGCGAUGACAGUUUUAAGUGGGCAUGUAGUCGUUUGCAUAUUUGGGGAUGUUAAAUCUGCUUUGAUUGGAUUAAGAAAUUUAGUGAUGCCCUUACGAGCCAGCAACUUUCACUACCAUGAACUCAAGCACAUUGUGUUUGUGGGUUCACUUGAAUACCUGAGAAGGGAAUGGGAGACACUGCAUAACUUCCCCAAGGUUUCAAUCUUGCCUGGUACGCCAUUAAGUCGGGCUGAUUUAAGGGCUGUCAACAUCAACCUCUGCGACAUGUGCGUUAUCCUGUCAGCCAAUCAGAAUAAUAUUGAUGAUGCUUCGCUGCAGGACAAGGAAUGCAUCUUGGCGUCACUCAACAUCAAAUCUAUGCAGUUUGAUGACAGCAUUGGGGUCUUGCAGGCUAAUUCCCAAGGCUUUACACCUCCUGGGAUGGACAGGACGUCUCCAGACAACAGUCCAGUCCAUGGCCUGUUACGUCAACCCUCCAUCACAACAGGAGCAAACAUCCCUAUUAUAACAGAGCUAGUAAAUGAUUCAAAUGUGCAGUUCUUGGACCAAGAUGAUGACGACGAUCCAGACACAGAAUUGUAUCUGACGCAGCCCUUUGCCUGUGGAACGGCGUUUGCUGUCAGUGUGCUGGACUCUCUCAUGAGCGCAACAUACUUCAAUGACAAUAUCCUCACACUGAUACGGACAUUGGUAACAGGAGGAGCCACACCAGAGCUGGAAGCGCUGAUUGCCGAGGAAAAUGCAUUGAGAGGAGGUUACAGCACGCCCCAGACACUUGCAAACAGGGACAGGUGUCGAGUUGCUCAGUUGGCUUUGUAUGAUGGGCCGUUUGCAGACCUAGGGGAUGGAGGUUGUUAUGGAGAUCUGUUUUGUAAAGCACUGAAAACAUACAAUAUGCUUUGCUUUGGGAUUUAUCGAUUAAGGGAUGCACAUCUAAGUACUCCCAGCCAAUGCACUAAACGUUAUGUUAUCACAAACCCACCGUAUGAAUUUGAGCUUGUGCCGACAGACUUGAUCUUCUGUUUGAUGCAAUUUGACCACAACGCUGGCCAGUCCCGGGCCAGUCUUUCUCAUUCCUCCCAUUCCUCCUAUUCUUCCAGCAAGAAGAGCUCAUCAGUUCACUCCAUCCCAUCAACAGCAAACAGACCGAACCGCACCAAGACCAGGGAUUCCCGGGAAAAACAGAAUGCAACAAGGAUGAAUAGAAUGGGCCAAGAAAAGAAAUGGUUUACAGAUGAGCCGGAUAAUGCCUACCCCAGAAACAUUCAAAUCAAGCCCAUGAGCACUCACAUGGCCAAUCAGAUCAAUCAAUACAAAUCGACAAGCAGCUUGAUACCACCAAUCAGAGAAGUUGAAGAUGAAUGUUGA